AUGCACAUUGAGAGCUUGGUCUCCGUCGUGUUCUACCGUGGUUUGACCAUGCAGGUCGCUGUCGAGCGUGACGAACAAGGUCGUUCAAACUACUCUAUGUGUGCCGUUAACCCAAGCCGUAUCUCCAAGACUUUCAACGAGCAGGCCCUGCAGUACGUUGUGGAGAACAUUUCAGAGCAAACUGGCUGGCUUCUGGAGAUUGUCAACUACAAUGUGGCCAACAUGCAGUAUGUGGCUGCUGGUGAUCUUCGUGCUCUCGACUGUCUUACCAACCUGCUCAACUUCCUCAAGGCCCAGAACAUCGACAUUCCCGCUCUGAUGCAGAGCAUGUCGCUUGAGGAUGUCAAGGCUCAUCUGACGGGCAUCAUUCAGGAAUGUGUCAAGCAGACCGAGUCCAAGCCGCGGCCCAUCCAGCUGGAGCGUGGUUUCGCCACUAUCCCGCUGAAGGGCAUUGACGUGCCUUUCCACAGCACCUUCUUGCGCUCCGGUGUCAAGCCUUUCCGGUCCUUCCUGCUGAAGAAGAUCAACAAGACUACUAUCGACCCCAGCAAGCUGGCUGGCAAGUAUAUUCCUAACGUCACUGCUCGCCCCUUCGAGAUUACUAAGGAGUACUUUGAGGAUGUGUACCGUAUCACUAACUCGCUCCGGAUUGCCUCCAUCCUGGCCAACUGGGAGAAGUACGAAGAGGGCACCGAGACCACUGCCCGUGCGGCCUAA